AUGUGGCCCCUGCUCGCCUUCUCCAGCCUGCUGACGGCCGCAGUGGCUCAGCAUGGUGACAAAUCUCUGGGGGGCGAGGAGUGUGCACCCCACUCCCAGCCGUGGCAGGUGGCUCUCUUCGAACGCGGACGCUUCAACUGCGGUGCCUCCCUCAUCGCCUCCUACUGGGUGCUGUCCGCCGCCCACUGCCAGACCCGUUUCAUGCGGGCGCGCCUGGGCGAGCACAACCUGCGCAAGCACGACGGCCCGGAGCAGCUGCUGCCUAUUUCACGCAUCAUCCCGCACCCGGCGUACGAGGCGCGCAGCCACCUCCACGACGUCAUGCUGCUGCGGCUCGCCCGACCCGCGCACCAGACCCGCCAAGUGAGACCCGUGCGGCUCCCCACGCGCUGCCCCUACCCAGGCGAGGCCUGCCUGGUGUCCGGGUGGGGCCUGGUGUCCGACAACAGGCCGGAGACCACAGGGCGCCCCGGACCGCAAGUGAGCCUCCCGGACACGUUGCAUUGUGCCAACAUCAGCAUUAUCUCCACGGCAGCUUGUAACAAGGAGUACCCAGGGCGCCUGAGGGACACCAUGGUGUGUGCAGGCGUGGCGGGUGGAGGCACGGACUCCUGUGAGGGUGACUCCGGGGGACCCCUGGUUUGUGGGGGCAUCCUGCAGGGCAUUGUGUCCUGGGGUGAUGUCCCUUGUGACACCACCACCAAGCCCGGCGUCUAUACCAAAGUCUGCCACUACGUGGAUUGGAUCAGAGAAACCAUGAAAAAGAACUGA